UCGGCCAGCUGGAAGAUCAUAAUAAUGGACCUGAAGACCUUGACCCUGCUGACCGCAGCUCUGGCGAUCUUCGCCUGCCACACAAUUGCCCAGCCAUAUUACGAGGACGACGAGGAUUCCGAGGAGGAAUGGUGUCCACCAGAUGAUAACAAUAACAACAAUAGUAAUAACAAUCCCAACAGAACCGAUCACGAUGCCAGUCUGUGUGCCAAUUUCCAACACAUUCGCGAUCUGAUCAAUCAGGAGACCCUGCAGAACCUGAUCGAAGUGCAUUAUAAUUGUGAUCUAAAGUUCCGGCGAGCCAUGCGCUACUAUAAGACCUCGGGUUUUACUAAGGUUACCCAGCAGCUGACGGAUACUGAUGCCUACCAAACAGUUCUUAAAGAACUCCAAUCGGAGAAGGUGGACACCGGGGAUAUUGAGAACGUGGCGGAUAUCUUCUACUGCAUCAUCCUGCCAGUUAGGCAACCGGAUAGAAACUGCGACUGCAAGGCGGUGAAGCACCACACUUUCGUAGGCGAUCUGCUUUCUAUAAUGCCGAAGCAAGAAAUCCACAAUUAUGUGGCCGAGUCCCGAGUCAAUCACACCAAUUUCGGCAACUUCACAAAGGCGGUGGUUUCGCCAGAAUUCCAGGCCACUCUGAAGGCCAACAUUAAGAAGCGCGACGUGGCUAAGCCUUUGCGAACCCUGCGGAAAAAUGGCUGGGACAUCCCGGAGCUGCUCCGCGCCAUGCUGACCAUUUUCCAGUGGUGACCGGUCCACUCGCAGUUGAGUAUUCGAGUGCCCCGCUAUUGUAUGUAAACCCAAUAAAGCAACAAGUGAAAGGAAACAGCUCCGCAAGGGGCACUCACCGUU